GCGGUGGUGGAGGAGGAGGAGGAGGAGGAGGAGCGUUUACCCGUGAGUUCACGAAGCCGUGGUGCGCGCUGGAUACGUAGCGGACUCUCGUGGAGGACCUUCGUGCGUGGAGCUACGAUCGGGUGGCACAGCUGAUCCAAGGACUCGGGUACGAAGGGCUCUUACUUGCCAAUAACAGCCGACAAAUAUGUCGUCCCCCAGCGCUGGAAAACGACGUAUGGACACGGACGUUAUCAAACUAAUAGAAAGCAAACACGAGGUGACGAUCCUCGGAGGACUCAAUGAAUUUUCUGUCAAAUUCUACGGACCACGAGGGACACCUUACGAGGGUGGAAUAUGGAAGGUGAGGGUUCACUUGCCCGAACAUUAUCCCUUUAAAUCUCCUUCGAUCGGGUUUAUGAACAAGGUCUACCACCCUAACAUUGACGAAGUUUCAGGCACCGUAUGCCUGGACGUUAUAAACCAGGCUUGGACUGCCCUCUAUGACCUGUCAAAUAUUUUCGAAUCCUUUCUGCCUCAGCUAUUAACAUAUCCCAAUCCCAUCGAUCCACUAAAUGGUGAUGCAGCUGCUAUGUAUCUUCACAAACCAGAGGAAUACAAGAAGAAGGUAGCAGAUUACGUGAGGAAAUAUGCAACGGAGGAGGCAUUGAGGGACCAGGAGAAUGGCGGGACUGGGAACGGGAUGUCGUCCGAUAGCGAGUCAUCGAUGAGCGAUUUCAGCGAAGACGAGGCGCAGGACAUGGAGUUAAUACAUAUGUAAGGUGGAAAAUGGGUACUAGUCCCGUCUUCCUUUUUCCUGCCAUCAAGCCAUCCCUGUACGUUUUCCUCGCAGGAAGUAACAACGAGAGAAGGGCUCUAUCGCGGACGACAAAGAAACGUUGAAGUCACGAUAUAUACAAAAAGGGUGCCUCUCAAUCGUAAUUCGAACGACGAUAUGAUACAGUCAAUGCGACGAAAAUUCAUGCGAUCGACCACUGUGAAGAUACAACAAAAGUUAAUUGAAAACCCGUGAUUGUUCGAAGUCUCAUCAUCAUUGCAUCUUCGAAUUACAUAAGAUGUCAGAUAUGUUUUUGGAUGUUUCAUGAAAUAUUGAAAAAAAAAAAAAGAAAAAAAAAAGUUCAAACGAUCUUGUCGGGAGAUUCGACGGUAUUCACUGAGAAAAAUAUUUCGAGAUAUAGUUUACGAGAAGGUGAUGGGGGAGGGAUGGGGGUUGUGGAUAGUUGGGAGGAGGACUUGUGGGAGUGUUGGAUAGGAUCGGGGGAAAGGGGAAAAGUAGGUAAAGCAAUCGAUAAACUGUGAUCUGCUAAUUUCUGUAUCGAAUCAUUAUACAAAAAAAAAAAAAAAAAAAAAAAAAAAAAAAAAAUAGAAAAUUAAACAUCCUUUCAAGUCUGUAAUAAUAUUCGCUAUUGUGCAUAACUAUUAAGAUGCAUUUCAUUAAGGCAAAUGAUUGUUUCAUUUUUUCUUUUUUCUUUUCUUUGUCGCGAAUUAUAAAAAAAAAAAAAAAAAAAAAAAAAAAAAGAAAAAAAAGAAAAAAAAGAAAAAAAGAAAAAGAAAAAAAAACAAUAUUUAUAACAUCUUCCACAUCGUAUAGUAAAAAUCAAGCCAUUUUCGGAUAAACAGGAUAAUUAUAUCAUAUUACCGGAGUCUCCUUUUUGCAUAAAAGAAAAAAUAUUGAUAUUUUUUGAGAAUGAAAAAUAAUUCCCGAAGCACAUUUCUAAAAAAUUUUCAAAGAUCACUCGAAGGUGUUUUAGGCCCUUGGAUGUUUUUGCAUAGUCGUUAUAUACUUUUUAUCAAUCGAAUGCUUUAAGUAUUUGAGAGUCCUUGAUAAUGUUGAGAAACCUCAGGGAUGUUAUGUUCAGUAUCUCAAAGAUUUUUCGUGAUAAGAAUUGAAAGCAUGGGCAAGAUGUGUUACCGAAGGGAAAGAAUAUAUAUAUAUAUAUAUUUAUAUAUAUAUAUUACGUGAGGUAUAAAAAUAGUCAAUUUUUUCUAAUUGGUAAAGAAAAUUUGGAAAAAAGAAAAAUGAAUAAUAUAGGAUAUUAAUGCCAAAAACAGCAGAUUCGAUUUGAAAACCGAAUAUGUACAAAUUAUGGUGCACAAUAAUCGUUGACGGAUAAUAGUAUUUUGUUCUAAACUGAUCUCUCCUCUUUGUUUAAUUCAAGUUCAAUAAAAGCAAAAAAAAAAAACAAAAAAACAAAAAAAAAA